AGGAAAGGUUAAAAAAACAAAAAAGAAACCGGUUAAUACCGAAUGAAGAAGUUUCAAUUUCCGAAUAAGUCAUCAUCGGCCCCAAAAACUAGAGCCCAAAUUCCUGAUAACCGGAAAGUCACCGACAAUUGACAAACUCUCUCGCGAUCUCACUCAGAUUGCAGAUAAUCGGAGAGAGAAAAAGAUGAAGAAAGAAGAAACAGUGAAACUCAUCAGCGCUGAAGGGAUCGAAUUUGUUAUUGACAAGGAAGCUGCCAUGGUUUCUCAAACUAUCCGUAACAUGCUUACUUCUCCAGGUGGUUUUGCGGAGACGGAGCAUGGUGAGGUGACUUUUCCGGAGAUAAGUGCUGUGAUUCUUGAGAAGAUCUGUCAGUAUUUUUAUUGGUCUCUUCAAUAUUCCAGGGGUAAAGAUACCGAGUUCCACAUUGAACCUGAACUGACUCUGGAGCUGAUGAUGGCUGCUAAUUAUCUCCAUACUUAGCCAAUUACUUUCUUUGCGUAUUAGGAAGAACCACCUCUGAUGCAGAGUGCAACCAUCUCCAAAUUUUCCAAGCUUAAUUUACAAAGCAAAAAUCAGCAUAAGUUACCAGAUCACCAUCAGUGUAAGGCCUGAUAUUCUCUCUUUCAGUUCCUUGCAUGAGAAGAAAUCUUUUAUUGCGACUGUUUCAGGAAGAGAACUGGAAAAAGUGGCAUCAGCCUCACUCGUUUGGUCUGAUUGUAUUCAUAGUGUCCAUAGCCCUAUAAUUGUAUACACAGAAUUAGAAUCAUCACCUGAUAAUUAGGUUGUUUAUGUUACAUUAUACCCUAAGCAAGAAUAAUCUAGCUUCUGCAACUGCAGUUGCUUCAGCUUCCUGUUCAAAUCAUUAAACUUUUUAAUGCCAUACUGGCCAAAGGGGGAAAAAUAUGGCCAAAUGGGGGGGCGGGUCAACAAGUUCAGGAUUUUGUUUUCUUGGUACAUAAAAAAUUCAAGAUUUUAAAUUGACUUACAUGGAGCUAAUGAAACAUCCUAGAGAUAAAACAGAUUCAUAUUAUAAUAAAUAUACAGACUUAAUCCAAGGACACACAUGAUUAUAAAAGAGUUUAAAUCGGAUUUUACUUUGUGAUGUCAUACAUGUAUGUCAUGUCUUGUUUCUUUAUUUGUUUAUCCUUUUGAUCAAGUUCAAGGGAAUGGCCAUCCAUACCUGGCUUUUUAAACAGGAAAUGCAUGCAUACAUAUCUUCAUUUUUUCUUUUCUAUCUGGCUGGUCUGUACUGCAUCCAAUGGUAUAUCAGAUAUGCUUAUCCUGUGAAAACUCAAUUGACAGUAGAAUGUAUAUGUUGAUAAGUUAUGAAAGAAUCUUCCUUUUUCGACUUUUACAAGUUGCAACUAUUUAUGGUAUAAAAAAUUGAUAACAACUUAUAUCUUGUUUGGUCAUUUAAAAACCAGUUUUUCUAGAUGAAUUGAGGUCACUCAGAAGCUGGAAUUUGGUUAUCUUGGCUUAAAUGGAAAAACUGGCAAUUAAAGUUCAGCAAUUAGUCAAUAUACAAGGAGCAAAGCAU